CGCGUGCUGCCCGCGGGGGUUUAGCGCGCCUCCGGGACGGCUGCGCUGCUGUCCUGGCCACGCCUUCCCUUCCACAGCGCGCGCUGCGCGUGCGGAGGGCUCACGACUCUGGCGACUUGCUGGCUGCGCGCACAGGGGUCAGGGGUACCGGAAAGUUGCACUAGGGACCGGCUGACAGCGCCUGGGGGUGGGGGAGGGGUGCACCUGAGACCUGCGGACUGUGGCUGGGGGACGCACACCGGGACCUACUACUUUGCUCUGGAGCAAGAACUGAGCACCUGCUGGGAUCAGGGGGGCGCACUGGAGACCUGCAGACUGCGCCAGGGGGGCGCACUUGGGCUCUGCGGACUGCGCCUCGGGGAGGGGGGGGCGCUCAGUUUGGGCUUUGCAGAAUGUGUGCGCGAGGGGGAGGGCGAAGCGUGGCGGGAGGGCGAGGCGAAGGAAGGAGGGCGUGAGAAAGGAGGCGGCGGCGGCUCGGAGGAGGGUUAUCUAUACAUUUAAAACCGAGUCGCCUGCACUGCGCCAGAGAAGACCUGGGGAGCGUCCGGCCGCACGCGCGGGACACGAGCGUCCCACGCUCCCGGGCGCGUACGGCUCGCGGCUCCCCACCUCUCGGCCUCUGGCGCCUCUGGGUCCCGGGCUCCAGACGACCUGGAACGCGUGCCCCGGGGAGUCGUUCGGUGGCGCAGUGCCAGAGGCCCCGUGGGGGCACGACCAGUCUCCCCAUCGCCCCCAGUUCCUCUGCCUGAACCUCCCUGGGACGCGCUGGGACUCCGAGCAGGCGCCUGGCGGCUGGAUGCGGGAGCGAUGGACCGCGGCGCCCUGCUCAGGCCCGCGCUCCCGGCGCCCGGCGUCCCUGGGGGCUGCGCGGCCCGGCGGAGACCCGCGUCCCCGGAACUGUUGCGCUGCAGCCGGAGGCGGCGACCUGGCGCGGCGGAGGCCGGGGGCGGCGCGGCGGCCGUGGCGCGGCGCAACGAGCGCGAGCGCAACCGCGUGAAGCUGGUGAACUUGGGCUUCCAGGCGCUGCGGCAGCACGUGCCGCUCGGCGGCGCCAGCAAGAAGCUGAGCAAAGUGGAGACGCUGCGCUCGGCUGUGGAGUACAUCCGCGCGCUGCAGCGCCUGCUGGCCGAGCACGACGCCGUGCGCUCCGCGCUGGCCGGGGGGCUGAUGGCGCCGGCCGUGCGGCCCUCCACGUCCCGCGGGCCCCCCGGGGCCGCCCCCGCCGCCGCCUCACCCUCCUGCGCCUCUUCGUCCCCAGGCCGCGGAGGCAGCUCGGAGCCUGGCUCCCCGCGCUCCGCCUACUCGUCGGACGACAGCGGCUGCGAGGGCGCGCUGAGCCCCGCGGAGCGCGAGCUGCUCGACUUCUCCCGCUGGUUAGGGGGCUACUGAGCGCUGCCGUGGGACUACGCAGCCUCAGCCGCAGCCGCAGCCCUGGACGCUGCCGAGCGCGCCUCGCCCGGAGCCCGCGAGCUGGACCGACCCGCGCGCGGUCCCCACCGUCCCUCCGAGCUGGGACGCCGCCCACGCUUGCCCCGCUGCGUCCAGCCUGCCAGAUGCCAGCGUGGAAACGAUCUUGGGCUCGCGGCUCCCGACGCAGGUGCCCCCCAGGUGUGCUGCAACGGGCCAGGCACCCGCGCUGCGAGAUUUUCUGGAGGAGCAAGGAUUUUAUAAGGACACAGAGAAUCUGUUCUCUGCACGUUAAGCUGAACUGCUGGAGGGACAGUGCUGGCAGUCUGAAGACUGAUUUUUGUACGAAGACUCCUUAGACUUGGAGCACAAUAAAGUUUCUGCAACCCCCUACGCCCCACCUGGAAGUUUCCAACUUGGCCAAGAUCUGGACUCUAGUGGCCCCUGAGGGGUGGGGUCCCGCCUAGGGGAGACCUGCAGGGGAAACCUC